UGCAGAAUUCCUAUUGUUUGUACCACCCUGUGUAGCCUCUUCCCGAUCGCUCCGACAUUUCGAUGACAGAUCGUGGCGUGCUGGUGUCAGAAUACUUUAUCGUAUGCAGUGAACAAACUCGUCUUUUCGUUCAAUCCACAGUGCAUUUCUCCCAUUGCUUUGAUUUGGCUUCAAAUACGUUGGUGGUGCUAGUGUACCAUUGUACAUCUACCCAUGACUACAACAGCUAAGAUACCGCCGAUCUCCAUGAGUAAGCUUUAUGUAGGGAAUCUGCCCAACGAGACCAGCGAAACCUCUCUUAGGCAGUUGUUCCUAGAGCAGAAUCUCUCCUGUACCAGCAUUCUUGUAAAAAGAGGUGGCUAUGCCUUCGUCGACUGUCCAGACCAGUCGUCGGCAGACCGCGCGAUCGACAAGCUCAACGGCUUCAACUUCAACGGCUCAGCGCUGGUGGUGGAGCCAUCAGUAGCGUCGGGCAAGAAGAAACUGUAUCCAGGGGGAGGGGGUUACACCCACGACCACCCACCCACACUGCCCGUCACUGCCACGGCCAGUGGCGGCUGGAUGAGGGCGGGUGCUUGAGCGCUAGCGGGGAUAAACACGCCACCGCUUUAGUUGCAAGUUUAAGUGUGUGUGUGUUUUUCAUCAGCUGUAUAGUGAUUGCAUCGAAUAAAAUAUUAAAUGGGUGACAGUACUGACGUAGUUGCAUCACUUCCCUGAUGGAAUGUUCACACUUAUGCGUUUCUCGUUGC